GCUGAGAAGAUAUAUGCCGCCCAGCCUCACUUACAUUACAUAUGCACAUUCUGUUCUCAGUUCUCUUCCUCUCUCUCAACUCAACUACUCAAAGCGGUAGAUUAACCGGCUCUAGCGUAGCGAGUGUUGCUACAUCUCUCUUGGCCAUGGGGGCAUGCGCGACGAAGCCGGGUGACCUCAAGGUCAAGGGCGAGGCGCCUCUGGUCGCGGAGGACGCCGCGGCGCCACUGGCGGCUGCCGACGAGAAGGCGAAGGCCGCCGAGGUCCCCGUGGCCGCCGCUGCCGAGGUCGACCAGGCCGAUGUCAGCCGCCGGAGGUCCCUCAGCGACCUGCUUAAACGGGACGCCGAGGGCAGUGACGGGGAGGAGGAGGUCGACCAGGAGGCGGAGAAGGUCGUGGCUGGGGAGCCAGCGAGUGCUGCCGCUGCCGGGGAAACGAUGGGGUCACCGCAAGCAACAGUGCAGGCCUCGGUCGCAACCGAGCAGGACGACACGGCCGAAGAACUCAAGGAUGGUCUUCCGAGUGGUGGCGACGCGCAUGCGGCGGAAGAAGAGAAGCGGAUGGAUCCUGAAUCAAUCCAAGCUGCUGUUGCUGCUGAUGCCCCAAGUUCUGAGGAAAGCAAGGUUGCUGCUGCUGCUGAUGCCCCAAGUUCUGAGGAAAGCAAGCUUGCUGCUGCUGCUGAUACCUCUGCCUGAAAAAUGGGGCAUAGUGUUGUGAUUCUUUGUUCUUUUCGUCUCUCUCGGGGUUUUUUCAUGGCGAAAUACGCUUUAAUGGCGCGAGAUUCAUAGCAGGCAGCUUGGUUGCUGUCUUGCUCCGUUUGUGCCGCGGUCAGGAUGUGCAUGGCUGGAUUUUACUGUUGUUUUAUUUCUCUUGGAGGUACUCCGUGCAAUCAAGCUGUCUUUUCUAUAAUGGCGGACUCGGCCGGCAAUCAAAGCUAUAAAUUUCUAAAGUUUAAUUAAGCG